AUGAAAGAUGAUCUAGAUAUUGAAAGGGAGCGCAGAGCGCUGGCUGUGAGAGGAAACAUGCUGGCCCGUAGAUUCACUCGUUGUACAAAAGAGGGGGAGAGUCCGGCGCGGGAGCGGCGCGAGGGCGAGUGCGAACCGCCGGCGCUGGACGACAUGCCGCCGGGCGACGCGCCGCCGCCGGCGCACCCGCCGCCGGACCAGACACCGGCACAACCACUGCUGCCUCCCCCUAACAACCCCCAGCCACAAAAGACGCGGUCGUUAGUGGUGUCCCUGACACCAGCUCGGCAGCGGGAAACAUGGGCCAAGAAGGCGGAGUUUCUGCUCGCUGUGGUGGGCUUCGCCGUCGAUCUCGGCAACGUGUGGCGGUUCCCGUACAUCUGCUAUCAGAACGGAGGCGGCGCGUUCCUGAUCCCGUACUGCGUGAUGCUGCUGUUUGGUGGUCUGCCACUGUUCUUCAUGGAGCUAGCGCUGGGGCAGUAUCAUCGCUGUGGGUGUCUGACGCUUUGGAAACGAAUCUGCCCAGCACUUAAAGGUCUAGAAGCAGUGACUACGGCAUUAUGCGACGAAUAUCCCCGCGCGCUGGGCAGACAUCGCGAAAUAUUCGUAGCAUUUUUGCUCCUAUUCAUCUACAUCUGUGCUCUACCUACAACCACGUUCGGCGGAGUAUAUCUAGUAGAUCUCCUGAACGUCUAUGGUCCAGGACUGGCAAUUCUGUUUGUGGUUUUUGCGGAAGCGGCAGGCGUAUGUUGGGUGUACGGAGUUGACCGGUUCUCUGAAGAUGUGAAAACUAUGCUCGGACAUUCCCCUGGAUGGUUCUGGCGAGCGUGCUGGUCUUAUAUUAGCCCGGUCUUCCUGCUGGUGCUGUUCGUAUUUUCGGUCCUUGCUCAUCAAGAGAUGCUGGGUGGGGACUACACGUACCCGGACUGGUCGAUCACAGUUGGAUGGGUGCUUACAGGCACUACAGUAUCUUGUAUACCGGUGUAUAUCAUAUAUAAGUUCCUGAUUACACCUGGAAACUUCAACACUCGAAUAAAAACGAUUAAGAACCCGGAGAUAAUCACGACGAUACCUCCAACGGACACCACUUUGUGCAACCUGUGACCGGACCACGACAACAUCACCACUCCCUUCACGAAGCCACCCAGCGUUGAAUGGCUAGUCUAAGCUUUACAUUGAAUUUUUUUGUUGUACAAUUUAGUUAAUGUAUAUUCACAAAGUCUUCAAUGGAAUUGAAAGUUGAUAGAUGAUUAAUAGUCAUUUUUAUUGAAGUCUUUGAUUAAAAGAAUAUAAUUUUUUUUUUCGUUAUAUUAAAAUGUGCGGGAUUUUUAUUGAAAAUAUAAAACAUUAAUUAAUUUGGAAAACGUAUCUUUAACUUGUACUUGUACUUGUAAAUUUCUAUCAUUAGUUAAGAAACAUUUUGAAAUUAUAUUAGUUAUAUUACGAAGUAGAUCUUUGUGUCUAUAGAUAUUGAAAACCAAUAUAACAUACAACUUUGGUAAGUUAUGAGGCAAAUAAUAAUAAGGUCACUGUAUAUUGGUAACCACAAUCCAGAACAUUCGAUGUUAUAUGUUUAAGUAUUAUCGAUUAUCAUUAUAAACCCUUUCAACAACCCUUCAAGUUAAGGACAAUCCACAGAUACCAUUAAAUAAGUAAUUAAAUUUGACCAUUAACUUUGAUAUUCAAGAUAUUUUGCCUUUCCUAAGCUUCAACUACAUUUUAAUAUAAAAUUGCAUUGUAUUCUCUAUCAAAAUUAAAAUACAUUCCUUAGUAAGUAAUAAUACAACGAAUCUAUACAGAUGUAGCUGUAAAUUAAACAUAGUAAUAAAAUUGUAAAUAUAAACUUAUUUUGCUGGUCGGACUAUAAUAUUUGCGCAUUUACAUAGCGUAUAUACUUUCAAUCUAAAAAUAUAUAAAGGAUGUCGUUUGAAAAGUGAAUGCA